AUGUCUUGCUUCCAACAUUGUUACUUAGAUUCUGGAGCCCAAGACGUUUGUUGUUACUUUGUCUUUGGCUCCCAUCUCUUCCAUUGCCUCUUACUUUGUCUUUGGCUCCCAUCUCUUCCAUUGCCUCUUACUUUGUCUUUGGCUCCCAUCUCUUCCAUUGCCUCUUACUUUGUCUUUGGCUCCCAUUUUCCAUUGCCUCCCAUCUUUUCCCAUUGCCUUGCCUCUUACUUUGUCUUUGGCUCCCAUCUCUCUUCCAUUGCCUUUGGCUUACUUUCCAUUGUCUUUGGCUUUGGCUCCCAUCUCUUCCAUUGCCUCUUACUUUGUCUUUGGCUCCCAUCUCUUCCAUUGCCUCUUACUUUGUCUUUGGCCCCUCUUCCAUUGCCUCUUUGUCUUUGGCUCCCAUCUCUUCCUCUUACUUUGUCUUUGGCUCCCAUCUCUUCCAUUGUCUUCAAUAUCUUACUCUCUUCCAGUUUUUCUUACGUGCAGUGUCUUCCUUCUCUCUCUGUUACAUCCUUGUCCCCUCUUCAUCUCUCUCUAUUUGCAGUGGCUUUAUCCACACCCCUUCUCUCUGUAAUACUUGCAUUGUCAUGCUCUCUCUCACUUUUUGGGACAGUGUCUUGCAUUCUCUCUCUCUCUCUCUCUCUCUCUCCUGAUUCGUUCCUCUCUCAUCCUGUCUUACUUGAAGUGCAUUUCUCUGUUUCUUUCGUACUUUGA